UCUGCGUCACACAGGCCGCUCUAGCAGCCGCUGUCCUUACUCUUUGGUUUCCGGCUGUGUCCUGGGGCUUCUGGACGUUUUGACUUCCGAGACGCUCUAUGCACGUGGAGAGUAGGGUGGGCUUUGCCACUCUGCCCUCGCAGCCCACAUGUUCGAGGAGCCUGAAUGGGCCGGGGCGGCCCCAGUAGCCGCAGGCCUUCGGCUGGUAACCCCACAGACUCGGCCAGCGGCAGCCUCGCAAAUCAAGGGUUCCAAGCGCCGCCAGCUUUUGGCCACAUUACGGACCCUAGAAGCAGCAUCUCUUUCCCAGCAACCCCCUGGUAGCCCACCUGGCAGUGACUAUGAGGAGGAGGAAGUUGUAGAACAGAAGAAACAACUGCCAAAGGCCUUGUUUGCCAAUUCCUCUGCUAAAGGAGGGGAAAAAAGGAAGAAAAAACGUCCAAAACAGGGCCCACCUUGCAGUGAUUCUGAGGACAAGGAAUUAGAAAGGAAGAAGUGUCACAAAGAAGUUUUUGACAAAGAUUCUGCUGAAGAGAAGAGAAAGAGGAAACACCAAAAACAGACUUCUUCAAACCCAACCCAACACCUGGACAGUGUUGACCAAACAGACCACGAAGCCUGGAAGAGUAGUGCUACAAAUAACCUGCCCAAGCCAAGCCUUGGGUCUCCUUCUCCUAAACACCCGCGUACCUUGAGCCGCAAGCAGUGGCGGAAUCGGCAAAAGAAUAAGCGGAGACACAAGAACAAAUUUCGUCCACCUCCAGCACCAGACAAGCUUCCUGCCAAGGACUCCACAGAGGACACAGAGGUGCCUCCUGCCCCCACGCCAAACAGCCAAGAGACUCGGGCAGGAGCCCUACGAGCCCGCAUGGCCCAGCGGCUGGAUGGCGCCCGAUUUCGCUACCUCAAUGAACAGCUGUACUCGGGGCCCAGCAGUGCUGCACAGCGUCUCUUUCAGGAAGACCCUGAGGCUUUCUUUCUCUACCAUCGUGGCUUCCAAAGCCAAGUGAAGAAGUGGCCACUGCAGCCAGUAGACCGCAUUGCCAGGGAUCUUCGCCAGCGGCCUGCAUCCCUAGUGGUGGCUGACUUUGGAUGUGGAGAUUGCCGUCUGGCUUCAAGUAUCCGGAACCCUGUGCACUGCUUUGACUUGGCCUCUCUAGAUCCCAGGGUCACUGUGUGUGACAUGGCCCAGGUGCCUCUGGAGGAUAAAUCUGUGGAUGUGGCUGUAUUUUGCCUUUCACUGAUGGGAACCAACAUCAGGGACUUCCUGGAGGAGGCAAAUCGGGUAUUAAAGCCAGGGGGUCUUCUGAAAGUGGCUGAGGUUAGCAGCCGCUUUGAGGAUGUUCGGGCCUUUCUGGGGGCUGUGACCAAACUGGGCUUCAAGGUCAUCUCCAAGGACCUGAGGAACAGUCACUUCUUCUUGUUUGAUUUUGAAAAGACUGGGCCCCCUCGGGUAGGGCCCAAGGCUCAACUUUUAGGCCUGAAACUUCAACCAUGCCUCUACAAGCGCAGGUGACCUCUGGACACUCCCUGAAAGGGGAGGCAGGUUCAGAACUCUCAAGACUGAAUCCAGCCAAGCUGUGAGCCACGACCUAGUAUUGCCUUCCCUCUGUCCCAAGAACAAAGUAUGAUAAAACCCCUGUCACAGCUCUAAGUGAAGUCUUCUCAGUUACAAGGAACAUAACAUCCCUUGGGCAAGCUAAAGAAUAAGAAAUUUGCUGUGAGAAAAGGAAGAUAUCUGAGGAAUAUAGAUCUUUAGACCUCAUGAAAACUAGUUGGUUUGGAAUUGAAGGUUCUCUGGAUUUGGCUCUUCUUUCCAUCUCAGAAGGCACUUGGGCUUUUUGUCCUGAUCUCUCCACUGUGCUCUUUUCUGAUCUGUACUGACCAGCCUCUGCUCACUUCUGUCCUCUCAGCUUUAGUCUGCCAAGGCCUUCAAGACUGCAGACAGGUAGCUUGUCUGUCAUGGCAAUUACAAUCUUGGCCUACUAUUUACAGCUGGAAGUCAUGUAAUCUCUUAUCACAUUUCUCUCUUGGAAAAUGCUAAAAUUUCUGUCUUACAGCAUUGUUGUCUGGGUUAACUGAGGAGGUCUAUAGCCAGGACUGGAAACAUAGAAGGUGCUCAAUAAACUAACUCUAUUAUAUGUUGUCUUAUUGUUCUUUGAAGACCUUUCUUGGAUCUGGUAGAAGGCUGAAGUGAAUAGAUUUAUUGACUGAGAAAGACUCUGGGAGACUUAAGGUUAAGACUUUCAAGAGACUCAUUUCAUGGGAUGCUUAGAGACUCAAUGUAUUUUGAACUGUCCUUGGAAAGAGGUAGUCCAGGAGUUGAGUUUCCAUUCAUGCACAGCUAGUUGAUGUCACACUGGUAUAGGCAAUUGUGCUGCUUAUGGUCAAAUCGUCUGUCCAUUGUUUUUGCCUUGUAGUGGGCCCAGAUCAGCAUGUCCUCAGAGGCUAUAGGCAAGCAAGUCUAGUGCUAGGGAAAUUUGAGUUAGAAUGACAGAUCCUAAGCCUCCCCUAGAAGGUAGCUGCCUUGGACUCAGGUGUAAAGAUAUAGCCUCUUCUGUCUAAGAACAAAUCUGAGAGUGCCUACUAGAAAAACAUAGGUAACAGGGCUCUGAGCCAUUUGGAUGAGCUGUGAUCCAUUCAACAUAAGUAACACAAUGCCUUUGCAUGUUUUGUUCUCUACUGACUUUAGGAAAGUUUGUCAUCCCAAAUAUAGUCGUUUCAUAUUCCCCCACUCCCAAAGCAGAAUUAUUUUUCAUCUGUGUUCUCAAAGUACUACACAAAGAGUUAGCAUUUAAAUACUGUGUUGUAGUUACUCUGUUGAUUAGGCUUCAGUCUUCUGAGCCAUAUUUAGUUUUGUGUUUCCACAGCUUAUCACCUGAGGUAUAGCCAAUGUGCUCAUUUACCUAGGGAAGGCUAAGAAAUGACAAGAUCUAUUCGAGUUGAGAUUGAUGAGAGUAGCAGUAUUGUAAAAGUCUAGGUUUGUAGCAUAAGAUCAAAGUGUUGUGGACUAGUGAUGAAAGAAGUAGGAGAACUUCAUUAGAUAGAAUUGGUGGGAUGUCAAGGGUGGUUGAGAGAAUGGAAUCUGCAGUAAGUUCCAGGUUUUUGGCUUGAGCAACUGGGUGGGCUGAUGAUACCUGUUAAAGUGUUCAGGUGCUCAUCAGAUGUCAUUUGAAAGUGAGACAAGCUAGGGGUAAUGGUGCAUGCCUAUAGUCCUAACUACUGCAAGGCUUAAGCAAUAGCUAGAACUGGGUUGUGUUUGCUCAUUUGAGUCCAAGAGUUUGAAACUAGCCUAAGCAACAUAGUGAGACCUGUCUCAAAAAAAGAAAAAGAAAGGAAAGAAAAGUAUGAGACAUGGGUGAAAUUGUGCUAGGGAUUUAGGGAUGUAACCUAGAGGUGGUAAAGUUGAUGGAAUAGAUAAAGUAUUAAUGAUAGGAAAAAAAAAAAGAGAAAGUGGCUCAGAAUUGAAUUCUGAAGUGCAUUUAAUAGAUGGACAAAGGAAAAUUAACCAGUAAAGGUGACAAGAUGAGAAGGUUGAACCAUAGAGGAGUAAAAUCAGAAAAGUAGUUUUUUUAUACAGGAGGAAUGGGCACAUUGUCAACUAUCAUAUGCUGUUGAGAGGUCUAUUAAAAUGAGAGAGAAGUCAGAUUGCAAUUGAGUGAAGAUUGCUGCACAAUGGUGAGGGCAGUUUGAAUUUGUCAUAUUCUUGAAUUUAUAGUUUUACCAGUCAAUCUAAUGAUGUGGUUGUCCUUAUCUACUCAGGAAUCUGGGUAUAACUGUGAAAGAGGUGAGUAUUAUGGGAUCAUCCAGAGUUGAUGUCAUGCAACUGAAAUGAACGGAUAAUGAGCAAAGGAGUUUUAGGCUAUCACAUGUAAGUGAUGGCUGUGCUGAAUUGUGGAGUUUUGUAGAACAGGUAAGAGAGUGGAGAUCAGAGUAGGUUUUUGUAUGGCAAGUUGUACGAUAAUCAGACAAGUGACCUGGGAAGAUGGGAAACUUUCAGAAAUCAGAAGCCUGAAUUAUUAAUUUUAGAAGCAGAGCAGCUUCAGGUGAGGGUAGUCUAGGGUGUGUCCACUGGGGUAAGUGCCUAAGAGGCGUGAAAGGGAGGUUGCCUGGAGAUUGGAUAAUGAACUGAGGGUCAGGUAUUAUGGGGAGGGGGUUGUCUGUGUAGAUUUGAAUUUCUCCAGAAUGAUAGUAAAGUUGACAGUGGAGCAGGUACCAACUUCUUGAAGGGAGGAGAUGCUCCAGAAGAUCUAUAGACAAAGAAAGGGAGGGAGAGGGCAGGAUGGCAUUUAUUUCAAAAGAGCAGAAUUUAUACAACCUACUAGAAAGACUUCCAUGUUAGGGGUAAUGUGAGCUGGUGAGUGGAGCUGGUUGCCAGGCAGCCAACAUAAAAUGCUCUGACAGUCCUCUCCAGUUUCAUGGAACUUAUUGGGAGACUAUUGUGGCAUGAAGUAGGAGCUUCCUGUAAUAACCAAGUGGGAGGCAAUCCAUAAAGAUUAAUAAAUGUGUUUUGAGUAUCAAAAGUAUCUCACUGUAGGAUACACAAUCAUCUUUCAUAGCUAGCUCCACAUUUGCCUUUUUUCCCAAAUGUUACUAACAUUCAUAGCUCUGGAGUAUUUCCUAUGUUUUCUCAUUAAACUCAGCAGGCCAGCUGAGGUCUGCCUUAUAAUUUGGAUACUCCCUUUGCCUAUUCUGAUUGCAGCCACCUGAAUAAACAUCUCUCUGAAUCUGACUCAGGCCCUAGUGUCAUCACAUCAGUCAUCCUGAUUCCAAAAGCAGGACUCUCCUAAGCCUGAUCUGGGUCCUGCCUUCUCUGUCAUCAGCUUCAGGACAAACUUGUUCAAGUCCAUUCUUGGGCUUCAAUGUCUUUUGUUGAGAGUCCAUACUAAUAGAAAAAUAAUGUGUAUUUCAUUAAGGAAUAAUAGCUUGCUCACUGAUUAAGGAACUGGAAACCUGUGUGGCUAAAACUGAUUGAAGGACAAGAGUAGUAGGAGAUAGAUUGAAUUAGAAGGGUAUUACUGCUAGAAUAUGAAAGGCAGUGGUUCUCAAACUUUAGAGUUCAUUAGAAUCACCUUACAAGCCUCAUUAUUGUGCAGAUUUCUAGCCUUCUCCCUGAGUUUCUGGGUCAGUAAAUUAAGAUCAGUCCCCACAAAUUCUUUUCUGGUUGUUUGAAUUUUUUCAGUGAAACAGGAAGCAAAUUUGUUGGUUGAAAGUGAGAAUGGCGAGGAGUUGUUGGGGUUUAAAGGAAAAGAGAAGUAAAUAUUAUUUCUAGGAGAAUAGAUGAAGGAAUGAUUGAACUAGUGCUGGCAGCAUUUAUAGCAUACUAGAAGUUCAAGUCUUAAGUAAAAAGGAUGGGAUAGGAGCAGAUUGGUACAAGAUUGUUUUUCAGAAAAUUUGUUUCUCAGUGUACAGUGGGUCUGUCAGAAUCUAACCCCUUCUUUAGGGAGGGGCAGGAUUUUGCCCUCCUACUUCAAGUCCCUUGGAAACCUCACUGGGACUAUUUAGGGAGCAUGAGGUACUUAUUCCUACAGCUGAGGAAUGAUGAGUUUGGAGUCUGAUCCCUACCCUGGAAAUGUACAGGGCAAGUAAAAGCUCACAAACUCUUUCAGUGGUGGGGUCAAGAGAUUGCUGCUGCUUUGACAUUGGUCUCCAUUUCCAGAAUUUCCUCUGGCAAGUGAUGCAUGUGUGUAUCCUCUUUCCUUGCAGGAAAGAGGGAACUGUGGGGUUGGGUCUUCGGUCUUGUCCAAUAGGACCAUUUUUAAGAAGCUAGGAGACUUGGCACAGAUAAGUGAGGAGUGUGCCAUGUGGGCUGGGGAGGGAGUUGUAGGGUUCCACCCAGAAUAUAUAUGUAUCCACCAAGGUCUCUAGGUGACAGCAGGAAUUUACCUAUGAAAUAUCUGUCAGGCACAUAGGACACAUAACCUCCCAGUCAAGCCAGACUGUUUUACUCCCUUACUUUCUCUCUCUCUAGACUUGGGCACACAAUAAAUAGCAGCAAUUAGGUGGAGACGAAGUAUGGGGAGAAAGAGCACUCCUCCAUUCCCCAAAGCAGGCUCCUUGACUUUUAAGUGGGGCAGAGCUGAGAGGGGAAAAGAUUUAAAGCCAUGACAGGUACAAAUUAUUUAUUGUUAGACAUAAUUAGAUAUUAUUUGAAAUUAUGUUUUGUCUUUAAACUGGUCAUAGAACUAUAGGCUUGGUGGUGCACACCUGUAAUCGCAGCAGCUCGAGUGGCUAGGGCAGGAGGAUUGCAAGUGCAUAGCCAGCCUCAGCAAAAGUGAGGCACUAAACAACUCAUUGAGAUCUUGUCUCUAAAUAAAUACAAAAUAGGGCUGGAGAUGUGGCUCAUAGUCCCCCUGAGUUUAAUCCCUAGUACCAAAAAAAAAAAAAACAAGAAGAAGAAGAAGAACUAUCUGUUAACUAAGAAUCUCACAGACUUGCUGCAGCUUUUCUCCAUAGCAAGGAAAGAGUCCUCUCCAAUGAAUACAGUUUGCAGAGAUGGUAAGAGAAAAGAAUAAAGUUGGUUUGGAUGUCUAUCAGUCUGGGCGUGGUCUUGUUCAGUAUCCCUUUUAGAGGUCUGCAAGUAAGUAGGUCUUGCUUCCGCAGUUGUGUGCUCCUGCUUUUGCUUCCAUAAUACAGUCCUAAGCGAACACAUCUCCAAAAGAAACAACAUGAUUUUGGCAGAGAAAACAGUUCAGCUUCAAACACUAACCCAUUAUGUAAUUGCACAAAGCCCUCUAUAAUUUCUAAAGACAGAAACUAGUAAUUAGAGCCUUUCAUUUCCAGGUCAUUCUCUUUCCAGGUGACUUCUCUGACCAGCUACCUGGUUCCAGGACAUUUCACCGCUGCAUUAACUACCUUACUGGUCUAAUUGCUUCUGCUUCCCAAAGCAAUUCAUUGUGCACAUAGCCAAGUGAUCUUUUUAAAAUGUAAAUGAGAUUAUGUCAUUUCUCUGCUUAAAAUCCUUCAAUGGAUUCUCAUUGCCUCAAGAACAAAAAACAGACUUCUUCCCAGGCCCUGUGUGAUCUUGCCCAAGCCUUGCUGUCCAACUGUGCCUUAACCCACUCCUCCCCCUCUCUCAGAACUCCAGCUACACAGGCUUUCCAUUCGUUUCUCAUGCAUCCCAAGUUGUUUCUACUUUAGGGUCUUUUACACAUGUUGCUUCAUCUACCUAGAACUCUUUCCCAGGUGAGUUCAUUUUCAUCUUCCAGUGAUUUUUUAGGAUGCACACACACAGACCCACACCUCAGAUAGAACCCCUUUUGGUUCAAUGUAUUGCAUUUAUCUUCUCCCACUCUGGUUUGUCUUUUUACUCUCAUUACGGGUGCUUAUUGAUGAAUAGAUUUUUUUGUUUGUUUGGAAGAGAGAGAGUUGCAGUGUUUUGCACAGACUGGCCUCAACAACUUGGGCUCAAGCAAAUCUCCUGCCUCAGCCUCCUGAGUAGUUGGAACCACAAGUAUUCAUGGUAUGCCCUGAGCAGAAGUUUGUAAUUUUAUUUUAUUAUAUAUUUUUAAUUUCAGGAUUUUUGUUGUUAUGCUUUUUAGAUAUACAUGACAGUAGAGCGUAUUUUGACAUACAUCCAUGGAGUAUAAUUUAUUCUAAUUAGGAUCCCAUUCUUGCAGUUAUACAUCAUGUGAAGUUUUACUGGUCGUGUAUUCAUAUAGACAUAGGAAAGUUAUGUCGAUUCAUUCUAUCAUCUUUCCUAUUCCUGUCUUCCCUCCCUUUUUUUUUUUUUGGUACUUAAGGAUCGAACCCAGGGGCACUUAACCACUGAGCCAUAUCCCUCAACCGUUCUUUAUAUUUUAUUUAGAGACAAGGUUUUGCUAAGUUGCUGAGCCUGGCUUUGAACUCAUGGUCCUCCUGCCUCAGCCUUGCCAGCCAGUAGGAUUACAGGUGUGCUCCAUUGCGCCUAGCUCUCUCCAUGUUCUUGAUUGUUUCCUUUGAUGUGAAGAAGCUUUUUAGUUUGAUAAAAUCCCAUUUAUUUAUUCUUGAUUUUACUUCUUGUGCCUUAAAUGUACUGUUGAGGAAGUCAGCUCCUAAGCUGACAUGAUAGAGAGUUGGGCCUAUUUUUUCUUCUAGUAGUCAUAGGGUCUGUGGUCUAAUGCCUAGGUCUUUGAUCUACUUUGAGUUGAUUUUUGUGCAGGGUGAGACAUAGGGGUUCAAUUUCAUUCUACUACAUAUGGAUUUCCAGUUUCCCUAGCGCCAUUUGUUGAAGAAGCUAUCUUUAGUGUAUGUUUAUGGAGCCUUUGUCUAGGAUGAGAUACCUGUAUUUAUGUGAGUUUGUCUCUGUCUUCUAUUCUGUUCCACUGGUCUUCAUGUCUGUUUUUGACUGUAGUUCUGUAGUAUAAUUUAAGUUCUGGUAUAGUGAUGCCUCCUGCUUCACUUUUCUUUUUUUUUCUCAUUUUUUUAUUGUUUUAUUUUUUAAAUACAUGACAGCGGAAUGCAUCACAAUUCUUAUUACACAUAUAGAAAUUUUUUUCAUACUUCUGUUUAUAUAUAAAGUAUGUUCACAUCAAUUCAUGUCUUCAUACAUGUACUUUGGAUAAUGAUGUCUAUCACAUUCCACCAUCCUUGCUAAUCCCCUGCCCCCUCCCUUUCUCUCCCACCCUUCUUCCCUAUCUAGAAUUCAUCUAUUACUCCUAUGAUCUCCCUCUACUACUCCACUAUGAGUCAUCCUCCUUAUAUCAGAGAAAACAUUCGGCAUUUGGUUUUUUUGGAUUGGCUAACUUCACUUUGCAUUAUCUUCUCCAACGCCAUCCAUUUACCUGCAGAUGCCAUGAUUUUAUUCUCUUUUAUUGCUGAGUAAAAUUCCUUUGUAUGUAUAUAUGCCACAUUUUUUUUUAUCCAUUCAUUCACUGAAGGGCAUCUAGGUUGGCUCCACAGUUUAGCUAUUGUGAAUUGUGCUGCUAUAAACAUUGUUGUGGCUGUGUCCCUAUAGUAUGCUGUUUUUAAGUCCUUUGGGUAUAGUCGGAGGAGAGGGAUAGCUGGGACAAAUGGUGGUUCUAUUCCCAGAUUUCAAGGAAUCUCCAUACUGCUUUCCAUAUUGGCUGCACCAAUUUUUCUGCUUCACUUUUCUCGAUAAGGAUUGCUUUGGGUAUUCUGGGCCUCUUUUAUUUUUCCAAAUGAAUUUCAUGACUGCUUUUUCUAUACCUAUGAGCAACAUCAUUGGAAUUUUAAUGGGAAUUGCAUUAAAUCUGUAUAGCACUUUCAGCAGUAUGGCCAUUUUGACAAUAUUAAUUCUGCCUAUCCAAGGACAUGGGAGAUCUUUUCAUUUUCUAAGGUCUUCUUCAAUUUCUUUCUUUAAUGUUCUGUCGUUUUCAUCGUAGAGGUCUUUUACCUCUUGUUAGAUUGAUUCCCAAGUUUGUUUUUUUUUGACACUACUGUGAAUGGGAUAGUUUUCCUGAUUUCUCUUUCAACUGAUUCAUCAUUGAUGUGUAGGAACUCAAUUUACUGGUGUUAAUUUUAUGUCUUGCUACCUUUCUGAAUUUGUUUAUGAGUUCUAGAAGCUUUCUGGUGGAGUUUUUUUGGGUCUUCUAAAUAUAAAAUCAUGUCUUCAGCAAAUAGAGAUAACUUGAGCUCUUCUUUUCCUAUUCAUAUUGCUUUAAUUUCUUUCUUUUGUCUAAUUGUUCUGUCAAGGGUUUCAGGAACUAUAUUGAAUAGAAGUGGUGAAAGAGGGCAUUCCUGUCUUGUUCCAGUUUUUAGAGGGAAUGCUUUCAAUUUUUCUCCAUUUAGAAUGAUGUUGGCCUUGGGUUUGGCAUAGAUAGCUUUUACAAUGUGGAGGUAUGUUCUUACUAUCUCUAGAUUUUCUUGUGUUUUGAAUAUGAAUGGAUGGUGAAAUUUGUCAAAUCCUUUUUUCUAUACCUAUUGAGAUAAUCAUGUGAAUCUUCUUUUCAUAAGUUUUCAUAAGCAAUGCCAGUAUUUUAUUAAGAAUUUUUGUAUCUAUGUUCAUCACAAAUAUUGAUCUUAAGUUUUCGUUUCUUGAUGUAUCUUUGUCUGAUUUCAGUAUCAAGGUGAUGCUAGCUUCAUAGAAUGAGUUUGGAAGGGUUCCCUCCUUUUCUAUUUCAUGGAAUAAUUUGAGGAGUAUUGGUAUAAGUUCGUCUUUGAAAGUCUGGUAGAACUUGGCAAAGAAUCUGUCUGGUCCUGGGCUUUUCUUUUUUGGUGGACUUUCGAUGUCAUUUUCAAUAUCAUUGCUUGAAAUUGAUCUGUUUAAAUUUUCUAUAUCCACCUGAUUCAAUUUGGGUAGUUCAUCUCUCUCUAGAAAUUUGUCCAUAUCUUUGUGAUUUUUUCAUUUUAUUGUAGUUUCUGAUUACUCUUUGUAUUUCAGUAGUUUCUAUCAUAUUUCCUUUUUCAUCCAAAUUUUAGUAAUUUGAGUUUUUUUCUCUAUUAGUUUGACUAAGCGUUUAUCAAUUUUGUUUAUUUUUUUCAAAGAACCAACUUGUUUCAUUUAGUUUUUUGAAGCUUUUUUGUUUGUUUCAAUUUCAUUGAUUUCAACUCUGACUUUAAUUAUUUCUUGUCUUUUACUGCUUUUGGUGUUGAUUUAUUCUUUUUCUAGGGCUUUGAGAUGUAAUGUUAUUUGUUGACUUUCUAUUCUUUUAACAAAUGAACUCAAUGCAAUGAACUUUCCUCUUAGAACUGUGUUCAUAUUGUCCCAGAUGUUUGAUAUUUUGUGUUGCUAUUCUCAUUUACCUCUAAGUAUUUUUUUUUCUUUCUUUCUUUCUUUUUUUUUUUUUUUUUUGAAUUUUCUUUUAAGCUUUCCCUGUGAGCUCAAAAGUGAUUCAAGAAAGGUUUUGCUAAACAAACUGAAGCACGCUUGUCAUUACAUUAAAAGGUAAGAAAACAAUUUAAGGAGACAGCCAGCAUCAAGGGCCCAGAAACACUGUGGUGCCAUAGGUCAACUCACUCAGUCAGACAUAUGUAUACCAGUGUGAAUCUUUAAAAUUCUACCCCAGUCUUGGCCUUGCCCCCACCCCCACCCCCCACCCCAAAAAAACUAAAACAGAAAAAAAGAAAAGCAUCUGCCUCCUUCCAGCAGCCAGAGACAGUUCCCAGAGUUGUCUCUGAAAAGGAAAAAGUAUUCAUUAUGAUUUUAGGCUACCAUGUGUUCUUUUAAGACAAUAUAAGGAAAGGAAAAAUCAGAAUAUUGACCAAAGAGCAGUGACUUCCUGCUGUCAGCAAGCCUCUUCAGGGCUUGGUUUUCAUGUGUCCAUCUGUGCCCUGGGAGUCAUCUUGUCCUCUGGGGUCCAUCCCUCCCUGGUUGCCAGGGUACCACCUCACAGGGGGUUGGCCAGCACCUUUUUCCAUGGAUUGAUCAUGCUGGGGUGGAACUCGGUGUGAUGCAGGGUUUGCAUUGUGAGGGGAUCACUCCUCAUGAAGUGCUUCUCACACAGUGGACAGUGGAACUGUGUGGGUCCUGCAGUGGCCAGUCAGCUCAUAUGAGCUGGAGAACUUUAAGGCAGUCUGGCCACGUGUGGGGAAAGGGCCGUUCAUUCUGUAAUGGGCUUUGAGAUGAGAGCAUUUUCCAUAGACUUUCUCACAGUCAGUGUAGGGCCAUUUCAGGCAGGAGGAGGGAGACUGGCUAGGGGCCCCUGGACCCUGUGGAAAGGACUCUACCCUGAUUCAGUGGUCACGUCGCUGUUGGAUCCCAUUUCCUUGUCAGGACUCUCCAGACUGUCGCUUUGAACACGGAUGGGGUCUGGAUCGGUCCAUAUUUUUAAAUUUUAUCCCUGAUUUCUUCUGCUGUUCUUUGGUCAUUUAAUAGUGUUAUUAUUUAGUCUCUAGGUAUUAGAGUAGCUUCUAUUAUUUUAUCCUUGAUUUCUAAUUUCAUUUAUUUAUGAUCUGAUAUAAUGCAAGGUAUUUUCUCUCUGUCCCUCUUUUUUUUUUUUUUUUUUCUUGUAUUUGCCAAGAGUUACUUUGUGGCCUAAAUAUGGUCUAUUUUUGAGAAGGAUCUAUGUGCUCCUGAGAAGAAAGUGUAUUCAAUCAUUGAUGGAUGUAAUGUUCUAUAUGUCUGUUAAGUGUAAAUUAUUAUUUGUACUUUUUUAGUUCUGUAGCUACUUUAUUUAGUUUUUGUUAGGAGGAUCUAUCCAGUAGUAAGAGAGGUGUGUUAAAGUCACCCAGUAUUAUUGUGUUGUGGUCUGUUUGAUUCUUGAAAUUGAGAAGGGUUUGUUAUGUAGAUGCUCCAUUAUUUGAGGCAUAAAUAUUUAUGUAUGUCUUGUUGAAGUAUAAUUCUGUUAAGCAAUAUGAAAUAUCCUUCUUUGUCCCUUCUGAUUGACUUUGGCUUGAAGUGCACUUUAUCUGAUAUGAGAAUAGAAACCCCUGCUUGUUUAUGAAGUCCAUGUGAAUGAUAUGUUUUUUUCCCAUCCUUUCACCUUUAUUCUGUGGAUAUCUUUGCUUAUGAGGCGAGCUUCUUGGAGAUAGCAUAAUUUGGUUCUUGUUUUUUAAUCCUGUCUACCAGUCUUUAUCUUUUGAUUGAUGAAUUUAGGCCAUUUACAUUCAAUGUGAUUAUUGAAAAAUGAUUUUUAUUCCCUGUUUCUGGUUUUUAAUUUGAAUUAGUUUCUCCUUUGAUUGACUGUCCUUCUAGUGUAAUUCUUUCCUUUGCUAGUUCUCAAUUUUAUUUUUCAUUUCUUCUGUAUGAAAUAUUUUGUUGAGUAUGUUUUAUAGUGCAAGCUUUCUAGUUGUGAAUUCUUUUGACUUUUAUUUAUCAUGGAAGGUUUUUAUUUUAUUGUCAAUUCUGAAGCUUAAUUUUGUAGGAUAUCAUAUUCUUGGUUGGCACUGAUUUUCUUUCAGAACUUGCUGUAUAUUAUUCCAUGUGCUCUUAGCUUUAGGGGUCUAGGUUGAAAAAUCAACUGAUACCUGGAUUGCUUUUCCCUCUCAUUUUUCUCUGGCAGACUUUAAGUUGUAUUCUUAUUCUGUACAUUAAGCAUUUUCUUCUUCUUCCUCCUCCUCCUUCUCUUCCUCCUCCUCCUCCUCUUCUUCUUCUUUUAGUUGAAAGUGGACACAGCUGAGGAUAGAACCCAGGGCCUAACAUGCUAGGCAAGCACUCUACCACUGAGCCACAAUUCCAGCCCUAGGUAUUUUCUUAAUAAUGAGCCUUGGUAUGAGUCUGUUGCAAUUUUGUAUAUUUGAGGUCCUGUAAACCUCCUAUAUUUGAUUUUGCAUUUAAUUUUUAUUAGGUUUGGGAAAUUCCCACAUAUUAUCUCAUUGAAAAGAUUUUGCAUUCCUUUGGUUUUUAUUUCUGAACCUUCAUCUAUCCCAAUAAAUCUUAAGUUUGCUCUUUUCAUGUUA